AAGAUAAAUGCCAUUGAAAGAUAGCUCAUUUCGGGAUUGUGCCGUCGUGAUCUAUUUACAGCAGGGAAAGAAACGGGGAGUGGCGCCUUCGAUUCAGUCCGUCACGGAAGCGCAAGACAGCAGGAAGUGAGCAAGCUGGACGACAAUCACUCUCGCGCGAUGGAGCCGUCCGCACCCGCGUCCGCGGCGGAACUACCGGCUCAGGGGCGCGACCUGCUACUUGGAGCGCUCACGAGCGGUGGUGACGACAUCAACGCGCCGCCCAGCAGCAGCAACGGCCACACCACGAGCAACAACAACAUGGACGAUCUACUCGUGGAUUCGUCCACAGCCUCUACACCCGCCGCCAUGACACACGAGGUUCAUUGGGAGGGAUAUGUACGUAAGAAAGGGGACUGGUUGCCGCGCUGGGAGGAGCGCUAUCUCAUCCUGGAUGGAGCCACACUCACAUACUACAAUUCUAAGGAGGAGGCUCGCAGUGCGCGCAACCUGCGCGGUCGCAUGAUUAUCAGUAAGGUGCGACCUGAGAACUACGGCAAGGCGCACGGCUUCCUCAUUGAGACACAGGGCCACAAACACUUCCACUUGUGCUGCACCACAGAGUUGGAGAAGGACAUGUGGGUCGAGAUGAUGCAGGCAGCCAUUGAGGAAGGCGUUCGACAUGCACACAGUCGACUCUCCAUGGAAGGGAUGGAGGCGUUGCAGAUGCAAACGUCCCCCACACAGGUGGAUCUACGCGGCUUCUACUUCGCCUUCCGCCAGCUGCUCAUCUCGCACUCGUCGUCGCCGCAGUUUUUCCCAAAACUCUCGCGUGACGUCGUGCUUACGUCCAAUUACGCGCCCACUGUGCCUUUCUGGGGCGAGUAUCACGGUCUUGACGGUGUACUGCACUUCUUCUCCAUCCUGUACGAGACUGUGGAGAUCACGGCCUUCUUCGUGACAGAUAUCGCUCAGGCCAAGGAAGGAUGCACCGCUGUUGUGGCAGGACGAGAGACCAUGAAGAACAGAGACAAUGGACGUAAAUUCACGCAGCAAUGGCAGCACACGAUCGAGUUCGCACCGGACGGACGCGUCAAGAGUCUCACGAUCUCGGCAGACCCAAUCGCAGCCUCGGCCGUCUUCGGCUGUAGUGCUACGUCGAGUCUGUCGCUGCCCAUGGCGGCUGUUGUGGGCAACGCAGUCCAUGACAAUCCAGCAGGAAAACUCCACGUCGUCGUGUUCCGUGGGGAGCAGAUUUCAGACCAGGGAUUCAUCGACGACGAAGAGCAGACGGACGGAUCGGAAGCUGACGAUGACAAGCGACCGUCGAAUCGCCGUGUGUUCCUGGGACUGCGCUUGGUGACCGAUGGGAAGACAAACGUGUAUGCUCCUACCUCCUCUGCCAACUGCGUGGCUCGAACACGCACUUGUGACCCAGAUGAAGCUCGGAAUCCCAAAUGGAACUCCAAGCACGAGAUUCCGUUCGCAGGAUCAUCAAGAGGCAAGCCUUGCUUUAUCCUGAUUGAAGCGUGGGAAGUAGUGGACAGUGAUGGCACAGGUAAGGCUUCGGAGCGAGUGAUUGGUGUCGCUAAGGUCAAUCUUGCACCGUUCCUGGCGUUGGCCAGUACGUCGCGAACAGUUCGGGAGAGCGUUAUUCACUCAGAUAUCGCCCGUGGUGCUGUACCGCAGUGGUACACUUUACUCUCUGCAAACGAGACGAAGUUUACGUGUGGACGAGUACAGCUUAGCAUAAGCUUCGAAGCCUCCAUGGCUUCGUUCGCUGCGAUGUCUCGUGCGACGGCAUCUCGUACUGGUAUUGAUGAAAACUCACCCAGUCUGGAUUUGAAUGCCCCGACACCGCAGGUUCGUCCGUCAGGUGCAGUGGUGCAGUCGAUGAGUCAUCGUGUUGCACUGGCUCGUGGCUGCUCUUUCCGCGAUACGAAGCGUGAUAACCAUCAAUUCCGAGUGGGCAACACCAACUUUGACGUUCCGAAGCGCUAUCAGAUGAUCAAGGCUGUGGGUCAAGGCGCGUAUGGCUGUGUGAUUGCUGCCAGCGACACGGAGACAGGUCAAGCGCUCGCCAUUAAGAACAUUCCGAAUGCUUUUAACGAUCUCAUCGAUGCCAAGCGAAUUCUUCGUGAAAUCCGUCUCAUGCGUCACCUGAACCACCCGAACCUGGUGAAUCUGCUGGAUCUGCUGCGUCCGCCGACACUACAAGAGUUCAACGACGUGUACAUUGUGACAGAUCUCAUGGAGACAGAUCUGCAUCGCGUUAUUCACUCAAACCAGUCGAUUAGUGAUGACCACGUGCAAUAUUUUUUGUACCAGAUGCUGGUGGCUAUCAAUUACGUCCACUCCGCUGAGGUUCUGCAUCGUGACUUGAAGCCGUCCAACAUUCUGGUCAACUCGGAUUGCGAUUUGAAGCUGUGCGAUUUUGGUCUUGCUAGAGGAAUCCAGGGAAUGGACUCGGGUCUCACUGAGUACGUUGUUACGCGGUGGUACCGUGCUCCGGAGUUGUUGCUGUCGUCCAAAUACGACAAACAGAUGGACGUGUGGGCUAUUGGAUGCAUUUUGGCCGAGAUGCUGGGACGGCGACCUCUCUUCCCUGGCCACGACUAUCUCCACCAGCUGAAGAUUAUUAUGGACGUGGUCGGAUCUCCGUCUGAAGACUCGCUGGACUUCAUUACCAACCCGAAGGCAAAGCGCUUUAUUUUGCGUCAGCCCAAAAAGCCGAAGGUGCCGCUCUCGUCCGUGUAUCCACGUGCUACCCCACAAUGUCUGGAUUUACUUGAGAAGAUGCUCGUGUUUGACCCACGUAAGCGAAUCACGAUCCAAGAAGCUCUCGCACACCCGUAUUUGAGUCUGGUGCGUGAUCGAACUGUUGAGAAGACAUGCCCGACGCCCUUCGACUUCGCCUUUGAAAAUACCGACCUGACGAAGCAGAAGCUGCAGGAAUUGAUCUUCGAGGAUGUAUGCGCUUUCCACCCGGAUGCUCGCAUCCCCGACCCGGUUGUACCGACCUCUGCUGCUGUAAACAGUGCGCCAAGCCGAGCGCACGGCCUCUCUAGAACUGAUUCGACUUCAGCAUCGUCUUCGGCAAGAACCAGCGUGUCUGCAUCAGCGCCGGUCUCUGCACCUGCUAUAGUGUCUGCUUCAGUGGCUGUGCCACCUGCUCCAGUUUCUCUUGUUGCCCCAGCAAGUCUAUCGACUUCGACCGAGCAACCCCGAACGUCUCCAGUUGUGCUACUACCUUCGAAUGCCCCUACAGCACACGAAUCUCGGGCUUCAGAAACACCUCUGGAUGCGGUGGUAUCUCCAUCGAAUUUGGAACGAGCAUCAAUCCCAACGACUGUGUCCGCAUCGUUGCCUACUUCCUUACCUCCGAUGCCGACGGUAUCAGUUGAACAAGUCCCAGCAUCCACCUCUGAGCACGAACGAAGUGCUCAAGCAGAAGUUGCCAUCGAGAUCAUGCAGACGCCUGCACAUACCGUCAAGGCAGCGGAAGAAGCGACAGUCGAGGUUUCUCUCGACGAUAUUGGAAGCAGUCCCAUUCACAAUGUAUCAGUAACAGAAGCUGCAGUCAACGAGAGCGGCGCCACCGACCAAGACGCGCCCAACAGCACAAGCACCAGUAGCAGUGAUGGCGAGGACGAGAAUGAGCUGACAGAUGCACGCGAGACGGAGCGAGAAGUCGAUCUGUCGAACUCGCCCAAGAAGCAAGUGGUGCAGCAGCCCAAGUCUCUCCUCACACCUUCCUCAGUGGUGUGAGAGGCCAAGUCAAAAGACGGUGAAACCUCCGCUCGUGAUCGAAACAAUUUUAACUUUCACACAUCCAGGAUGUGGGUCGAUCACUAGAGCAUCAAGCAACACGGAAACGCGCAAAACUACAGGUUGUUUCACCCACGCGCGCCUCCGUAUGCGCACGAGUGGGCACCCGGUUAAACGAGCACACGAAUGUGCGGAACAAAGCAGAGUGAGCGCUCGCUCGACGAUGGCGAUAAGAAGUCUACGUGGAUGUCGCGACAGAAGUGACUGAAUAAAUUGAACUGAAUUCGUUGUUUCCGUUUAUUAUUUUUAUAGGAUUUGGUGCAAAGGCAAGUGAUAAUGGCAAGACGAUGCUUUGGAAAAAGGUUCCUGGGCGUGUUUUAGGAUUGACGGAUUAGGAUUGAUGGGU